AUGGCCGAUUUCAACGUCGAGGAGGUCCUCAAGAAGCUCACGCUCGCAGACAAGGUCGCUCUGCUUGCAGGUGUCGACUUUUGGCACACCAAGGCCCUUCCCGACCAUGGAGUUCCCUCCAUUCGUGUCUCAGAUGGCCCCAAUGGCGUGAGAGGAACCAAGUUCUUCAACGGCAUCCCCGCAGCAUGCUUCCCCUGUGGCACUGGUCUUGGUGCUACUUUUAACCAGGAGCUGCUCGAGGAGGCAGGAAAGAAGAUGGGUGAGGAAGCCAUCGGAAAGAGCGCACAUGUCAUUCUAGGCCCAACCAUUAACAUGCAACGCUCUCCUCUCGGCGGACGUGGCUUCGAGUCCAUUGGCGAAGACCCCUUCCUCGCUGGUCUUGGAGCUGCUGCCAUCGUCAGGGGUAUCCAGAGCACAGGUGUUCAGGCUACUGUCAAGCACUUUGUCUGCAACGACCAAGAACACAAGCGCAUGAACGUUCAGGCCAUCGUCACGGAGCGCGCCCUCCGCGAGAUCUAUGCCCUUCCCUUCCAGCUUACCGUGCGAGACGCCAAGCCCGGCGCCUUCAUGACGGCCUACAACGGCGUCAACGGAGUCUCGUGCAGUGAGAACCCCAAGCUGCUCAACGACCUCCUCCGAAAGGAAUGGGGCUGGGAGGGUCUUGUCAUGAGCGAUUGGUGGGGAACUUAUAGCGCCUCUGAUGCCGCCAAAGCUGGUCUGGACCUUGAGAUGCCUGGCCCUACUCGCUGGCGAGGUGAUGUCCUCAACUUUGCCGCUGCCACUGAGAAGGUCUGGGGACAUGUCAUUGACGAGCGUGCCCGACAAGUGCUCAAGUUUGUUAAGAAGUGCGCCGCCUCUGGUAUCCCUGAGAAUGGACCAGAGAAGACGCUUAACACCCCCGAGACAGCGGCUCUUCUGCGCAAGAUCGGAAACGAGAGCAUCGUCCUUCUCAAGAACGAGAAGAAUGUUCUUCCCCUCGCAAAGGACAAGAAGACACUCGUCAUUGGCCCCAACGCCAAGGUCGCAACGUACCAUGGUGGUGGCUCUGCCUCGCUCGCUGCCUACUACGCCGUCGCCCCUUACGAUGGCAUCACUGAGAAGCUCGGCAGCGCUCCAGCCUACACCGUCGGCGCAUACACUCACAAGCUGUUGCCCCUUCUUGGAGACCAGACCAAGGGUCCCGAUGGCAAGUCUGGCAUGAGCUGGAAGGUGUUCAACCAGCCUCCCAGCGUGCCUGCUCGUGAGCCUGUCCAAGAACUCUGGCUGACCAAGACGGAGAUGCACCUCGUCGACUUUUACAGCGACAAGGUCGAGGAUCUUUGGUACGCCGACCUCGAGGGCACGCUCCAGGUUGAGGAGGACGCAACCUAUGAGUUUGGCCUCAUCGUAUCCGGAACCGCAAAGCUCUAUGUCAACGGCGACCUUGUCGUCGACAACGCUACCAAGCAGUACCCCGGCGAAGCGUUCUUCGGUACCGCUACCCGCGAGGAGCUCGGCCGCAUGGACCUUAAGAAGGGCGAGAAGUAUCAAGUCAAGGUCGAGUUCGCCUCGGCGCCUAGCUUUACCCUCAAGUUCGACAACCCCGUUGCUGGUCACGGUUCCCUGCGCGUGGGUGCCUGCAAAGUAAUUGACGCCCAGAAGGAGAUUGAGCACUCCGUUGCUCUCGCCAAGGAGCACGAUCAGGUCAUCAUCUGCGGUGGUCUGAACGCGGACUGGGAGACUGAGGGCUCGGACCGCGCGAGCAUGAAGCUCCCUGGCGUUCUGGACGAGCUCAUUACCGCCGUCUCAGCUGCGAAUCCCAACACCGCUGUUGUCAUGCAGACGGGAACCCCUGAGGAGAUGCCCUGGCUUGAUGAUGUUCCUGCUGUGAUCCAGGCCUGGUACGGCGGUAACGAGACGGGUAACUCGAUUGCUGAUAUCCUCUUUGGAGACGCCAACCCCUCUGGCAAGCUGUCCCUCAGCUUCCCCAAGCGUCUGACCGAUGUCCCAGCCUUCCUCAACUUCCGCACCGAGGCAGGCCGGACGCUCUACGGCGAGGACAUCUACCUGGGAUACCGAUACUACGAGUUUGCCGACCGCGAGGUCAACUUCCCCUUCGGCCACGGUCUCUCCUACACAACCUUUGCCUUCUCAGACCUCGCCGUCUCUUCCUCCGAGGGCAAGCUCACCGCAAACUUCAAGGUCCGCAACACAGGCUCCAUCCGCGGCGCCGAAGUCGCGCAGCUGUACGUGAAGCCGCUGCAGGCGGCCAAGGUGAACCGACCCGUCAAGGAGCUCAAGGGCUUCGCCAAGGUUGAGCUUGACGCGGGCGCUGAGCAGGCGGUGACCAUCUCUGAGCUUGAGAAGUACGCGGCCGCUUACUUUGACGAGGAGAGGGACCAGUGGUGCGUCGAGGCUGGCGAGUACGAGGUUAUCAUCAGUGACAGCAGCGUCGUUGGUGACAAGGCGCUCAAGGGGACAUUCAAGGUUGACGAGACCUACUGGUGGUCUGGCAUAUGA